UACUGAACAGAGCGUCAGCAUCUUCUGCAACUCUGAGGAACAUGAACCAGGUUACUGGACAUGGUGCACAUUUCCAAUCUCAGCUGAUAGAGAUCUGUCGUCCAUAGUUCACUGAUCAGGGCGUCUCCAUGUGAUGAACCAGGGAGACAUUAACGGCCACAUUGGAACAAACAAGGGAUUACAGAAAACACAAGGAGGCGAAAUAUCUAGAGUUUCAAAGGUAAAAACUCCAAAUAUCCAAAAAGAGACAUCACAUGUGUACAAAGUUUCCCAACAUGAAUACAAAGAGACAGGAAGUGAGCACAGAAACUCCUUCAGAGCUGGAUGGUGUUGCCUCUCCGUGACUUCAUGCUGACUUGAAGCUGGAGGGAACACCAGAGAGCUGCUUGGUGCACUGCAUUAGUUUACUUAGUGGAAUGCUGUGCAGCCAUACUUUCAGCUCCAGGAACCAUUCAGACAUCACAAGAUGCAGCCUUUUCAGCCCAUGAUGGGACACUUUGUACUUUUUCAAAACACUUUCUACUUUUUGAAAUAUUCAGCUUUUUAAACUCUUUCUUUAACAUGUGACUCAAUGGGAGGAACCUUCAAAUCCUCUUUUAGCUACACCGUGCACCAAAAGCUUCUCCUUCCACAUACUUUCAGCUAGAGACUUCAUUCCAACUUUAAGAUGAUCACAAGACAUUCAGCUAUUAAACAUGUUCUUCAGAUUUAUGAUAUCUUUUACACUUUUUGUGAUAUUUCACUUAGUUUGGAGCUUGGUAAAGAGGCCUUCUAUACAUUUACAGUGGAGGAAACAAGUAUUUAACCCCCUUCAGAUUUUGUAAGUUUACCAACUUAUUUUACAACUAAAAGCUCUUUUCAAAGGAAGAGCAGGUUGUAACCGAGGCUCUGUGGAGGUCAGAGUCUGAGCGCUGCUCCUCCUCCUGGAAUGAGUCAGCGUUUGAUGAGCCCUCCCUCUUCUUCCUGCUCUCAGACACAGCCAGCUCCACUCUGUGUUUCCUGGCUCCUCCCCUUCAGACCCACACUGAGGAGGAGGGGUGAAACCAACAUGUGGGUAAAGUACAGAGCUGAUAGGCCACAUUCACUGCUCACACACAUGCUGUCAGAUCAGCUGUCACUAGUUUCAGCUCUCAGGAAGUGAAACUCACACUCGCUGCUACUGAGAGGUGAGAUGGCGCAGAAAGGAGUUCAGCUGGAGCGGGAAAUGUUAUCUUGUCCCAUCUGUCUGGAUCUACUGAAGGAUCCGGUGAGCACUACCUGUGGACACAGCUACUGCAUGAAGUGUAUUAAAGGCUUCUGGGACGGAGAGGAUGAGAAGAAGAUCCACAGCUGCCCUCAGUGCAGGCAGAGCUUCACACCGAGGCCUGUCCUGCUGAAGAACACCAUGUUAGCAGCUUUAGUGGAGGAGCUGAAGAAGACUGGACCCCCAGCUGCUCCUGCUGAUCUCUGCUAUGCUGGAGCUGAAGCUGUGGCCUGUGAUGUCUGCACUGGGAGGAAGCUGAGAGCCUGUAAGUCCUGCCUCGUGUGUCUGGCCUCUUACUGUGACAAACACCUCCAGCCUCAUUAUGACGCAGCUCCAUUACAGAAACACAAGCUGGUGGAGCCCUCCAAGAAGCUCCAGGAGAACAUCUGCUCUCGUCACGACGAGGUGAAGAAGCUGUUCUGCCGCACUGAUCAGCAGAGUAUCUGUUCUCUCUGCUCUGUGGACGAACACAAAGGCCACGACACAGUGUCAGCUGCAGCAGAGAGGACUGAGAGGCAGAGAGAGCUGGAGGGGAGUCGACUCAACAUCCAGCAGAGGAUCCAGGACGGAGAGAAGGAGGUGAAGCUGCUUCAGCAGGAGGUGCAGGCCGUCAAUGGCUCUGCUGAUAAAGCAGUGGAGGACAGUGAGAAGACGUUCACUGAGCUGAUCCGUCUCAUGGAGAAGAGAAGCUCUGAUGUGAAGCAGCAGCUCAGAUCCCAGCAGAAGAGAGAAGUGAGUCGAGUCAGAGAGCUCCAGGAGAAGCUGGAGCAGGAGAUCUCUGAGCUGAAGAGGAGAGACGCUGAGCUGAAGCUGCUGUCUCACACAGAGGAUCACAACCAGUUCCUGCUCAGCUACCCCUCACUGUCAGCCCUCAGUGAAGCUACACACUCCUCCAGCAUCAACAUCCGUCCUCUGAGCUACUUUGAGGACGUGACGGCGGCCCUGUCAGCAGUCAGAGACAAACUACAGGACGCCCUGAGAGAGGGAUGGACAAACGUCUCACCGACUGAAGCUGGGUUCUUCACAUAUUCACAGGAGAUCACUCUGGAUCCAAACACAGCAUUCACAUAUCUGUUAUUAUCUGAGGGGAGCAGAAAAGCAACAGCCGUGGAACAACGUCAGUCUUAUUCCAGUCACCCAGACAGAUUCACUGGAUGGUAUCCUCAGGUCCUGAGUCGAGAGAGUCUGACUGGACGUUGUUACUGGGAGGUGGAGUGGAGAGGGGAAGGAGUUCGUGUAGCUGUCGCAUACAAGAAUAUCAGCAGAGCAGGGGGGGAAAGUCUAUUUGGAAACAAUGACAAAUCCUGGGCGUUAGUUUGUGACCAAAACAGUUUUACAUUUAUUCACAACAGUAUCCUCACUCCCGUCUCAGGUCCUCUGUCCUCCAGAGUAGGAGUGUACCUGGAUCACAGAGCAGGUGUUCUGUCCUUCUACAGCGUCUCUGAAACCAUGACUCUCCUCCACAGAGUGCAGACCACGUUCACUCAGCCGCUACAUGCUGGACUUUAUGUUUAUUUUAAUUAUGGAGACACUGCUGAGUUUUGUAAACUCUAAUAGUCUGAAGUCCUUGGAAGAACUCUUCUACUUCUUGAACUCACCGUGUGUCCAUCAGAGCUGAUUGUUCAUGUCUUCACUGCAGAGAUCAGCUGUCACUCAAACAUGAUGGGCGGGGCUUGAACGUCUUCUCAUGAGUUGUUCUGUAGAUGUUGGACUUUCUCCCGGCUCCUUCCUGUGUCUGUGUAGCAUGGAGGCUGUCACUGCUCAGGAGGAUCCUUGCUCACCUGGAAACUUUGCUCUAAAGAUUUGCUGGAUGUUUCUUUUGAUUCAUGUUGUUGUUUCUCUUGUAGUGCACGAGUCUUCAGAGACAUUUAGAAUCACAUGUAUUACUUUGACAGAUUCCAUGUUAUUGCCCAAAUGAACCAACACAUUCAACCCAGAUGGUUAGAACAAUUAUUUCAUCAUAACAUGUUUAUUCAAAAUGAUAUUACUUCCUGUCUUGAUCAUAAUCAAUAAGUCCAUCAUGUGUUAUUCUCCUGUAAAUAGCUCAGAGUCUUUGCUUGGGAAAUCAAUGGUAUAAUAUUACAGGCUAAUUGUUGUUGUUGUUGUUGUUGUCCAAAUAGAAAUGGGGUACUCUGUUUUAUAGAACACACAUUAUCAUGAUCAUAAUCAAUAAGUACAUCAUGUAUCCUUCUGUUUGAAACAGCUGAGAUGAAACACAUGGAGUGGAUGAAGGGAAAGUGAUCAUGAAGCCAUUGAUCAAUAGUCAUUGAACAGACUUUACUGAUGGGAUGUGGGAUCAAAUGAAAUGUUUGGAUGAUGAAUAAAGUACAAACUAAAAGGA